AUGUUUAAUUACCCACGUUUGAAGUGUGCUGAUACUUACAAGAAGUCUCGUGCGACAUACACAAAGCGAGCAACUAAUUCCGGCCAAAUCGUCUUAACUACUUGGUAUUCCUAUAACAACGAACCGUCCCAACAAAAUUUGGUGCAUUGGCCGCUUGAAAGGUCAGGUCAGGUCAAGGAAUUCACGACCAAGUACUUUAACUCUACAAUCAUGUCCAACCUAACACUGGAAAGCCACAAACGGAUACGUACACGCUAUACUAACCAAUUACAAAAAGUUCUAACCCGAUUCAAAGAUACGCAGCUAGAAGAAAUCAGUAUUCAAAACCUGCAAGAUGAGAUAACGCCCACCGUUAUUCACGUAAGCCUACAGCAGUUAGAAGGAGGAGUUGCAGCCCUAAAAGACAUGACCUUAAAGAUUCAACACGCACUAGACGAACUCGCUAUCAUAUUCGAAAAGGCAUACCCGACGCCACGAAAUAUUGAAGACGAGUUCGCACAGUACUCGAGUACCGCUGAAGAAGCGAUUGGCAAUACUUUCGAAUACCUUGUACUCCUUCAUGCUCGGAUCCAUGGCUUCAAGGCUCACGCUAAGCUUUUCGACACCUCCAAAAAUCCCCCAUUACGAACAGUGACAAUUAGGAAUCCACGAUCACUACAGUCGCGAAAAAUCUGGAGCUACCCACAAUACCAAUCCUAA